ACCCAAGUUAUGUUGCCUUUACUGAUACUGAGUAAUUGAUCAGUGAGGCUGCAAAGAAUCAAGUAGCAAUGAAUCCUACCAACACGGUCUUUGAUGCCAAUAGCUUGAUUGGACGUAGAUUUGAUUAUGCUGUUGUCCAAUCUGACAUGAAGCAUUGGCCUUUCACGGUGGUGAAUGAUGCUGGCAGGCCCAAGGUCCAAGUAGAAUGCAAGCGAGAGACAAAAAGCUUCUAUCCAGAAGAGGUGUCAUCCAUGGUUUUGACAAAGAUGAAGGAAAUCGCAGAAGCCUACCUUGAGAAGACUGUUACCAAUGCUAUUGUCACAGUACCUGCUUACUUCAAUGACUCUCAGCAUCAGGCCACCAAAGAUGCUGGAACUAUUGCUUGUCUCAGUGUACUUAGAAUAAUCAAUAAGCCAAUUGCCACUGCUAUUGCUUAUGGUUUAGACAAAAACAUUGAAGCUGAAAGAAACGUGCUGAUCUUUGACCUGGGAGGUAGCACUUUUGAUGUGUCAUUCCUCACAAUUGAAGAAGGAAUCUUUGAGAUCAAAUUUACAGCUGGAUACACCCACUUAGGUGGAGAACACUUUGACAACCUAAUGGUCAACAAUUUCAUUGCAGAGUUCAAAGGCAAACAUAAGAAGGAUAUCAGCGAGAACAAGAGGGAUGUCUGUCGCCUUUGUACUUCUUCUGAACAUGCUAAGCAUUCUCUCUCUUCCAGCACCCAGUCCAGUACUGAGACUGAUUCACUCUAUGAAGAAAUCAACUUCUAUACCUCUAUCACCUAUGACCGAUUUGAAGAGAAAUAAACUUAAUACAGAGGUAAAAGACAUGUACUUGGAAAACUACAGGACAUUAAAAAAAAAAAAGAUAGAGGAAGAUAUAGACAAAUAGAAGAAUAUACUGUGUUCAUGGAUUGGUAGAAUCAACAUCAAUAAAAUGUCCAAACAACCCAAAGCAAUCCAUAGCAUUAAUGCAAUCUCCAUUAAAAUACCAACGGCAUAUUUCACAGACCUAGAACAAACUCUCCAAAAAUUCAUAUGAAAU